AUGAACAGUGAUCAUCCCGACAUCGACGACACUUCUUCGAGAUUGAUGGCUUCACAGACGCCCACCAUGGAUCUCACCGACCAUCUGAAGAUGGUAUAUGCGGCUUAUAGACAUACCUCUGAUAUUGAUGCUAAAGGGGCAUUCUUUUCUCCUUCCUGUUAUCAAAUAUGUCGCCCCAAGCCCUCGUUUGCUGCGCAUGAUCGAGAGACGAUUGUACGCUACUUGCACGAGUAUGCACCGACCAAUAAAGAGGUUGCAUCGGAGUCAAAGCGAAAGCCGAAGAAGAGCAACUUUUACACAAUACGGCCACUUGAAGACACCGAAUUUGAGUUUGGCAAUGAUGAGCAGACCACUCCUGCUGGCUUCGCCUCGGCGGAGGAGGUCAAACGGAAGGCUAGGGCGGAGGGAUGGGUUGGAAUGAGGGUCGACCUUUGGGAUGAAUCGUUAGAUGAUGCAUCGGAUGGAAAGGAAGAUCUCUUAGUCAAGGUGCAGUAUUGGUGGAGGAGAGAGGAGGGAAUUUGGAUCCAGAUCUUUCACGACAUCAUGUACAUGGGUCCUCGCGAUGGGACUGAGGGCAUAAACGGCGAGAUCCUUGUGUGA